UUUACUAUAAAGCUAGCAGCACAAACCGACUUUUGCCAUACCUAUUUGUUUUAAAGUUGAACAAAUAACGAAAUCGGCAAAAAAACAUGUUCAAAAUUGUUUUGUCCUGUUGCUUUACUGUGUUGAUGUUCGUGGAUCAGAGCAGUGCCCAACUUGGUGUUAUCCCUAAAUGUCAAAACGGGGAUUGGAGCGGUUGGUUAGACAGAGAUGAUCCAAGCUUAAAUGGUGAUUGGGAGACAUGGUCGUCUUUUCCUAGGAAACCAUGUGAAAAUCCAGUGGCGCAACACUUUGAGUUGGUAAAUCCCAAUGAUCCACCACCAUUGGCGCAACAGUUGGUUAUUUUACCUCCCGCUGGAGGAGUUGCCUGUAUCAAUAGCCGAGGAGAUAGAAAUUGCCCAGAUCUGAAAAUCAGAUUCUGCUGUCCGAAAUUGCCGAAAUGCGACGAAGAAGGGUACAAAUGGACAGACUGGUAUGACGUAGAUGAUCCUACCGACAGUACAGGCGACUACGAGCUUUUGUCAGAUCUGGUAAGCCAAAACCAGCACAUGGUAUGUGAGAAACCAACUGCGAUUGAUGCCAUUGUUGUGGCAACUCAGGACCCCUGGCAAUCGGGUGGCAAUGUCGACAUGGUGGUGGACACUCAGGUUGGCCUGAUUUGCAAGAAUGAAAAACAACCGGAGGGAAUAUGCUGUGAGGACUACGCAGUAAGAUUUUGCUGUAAAUUAUGUCCAAAAAAACAGAAGCCAAUUGGAACUGAUCUGACCACAGGUUCACAAGUAGGAGAGGUUAUAGCAAAAGAAUUGAAUAAAGAUAUAAUCAAAACGCCUCAAACAUAGAUCAUACUUUUCGACGAUACACUUCAAUCCACUAUAUUCAAGGAAUGCUUACUUACUAUUCAACCAAGCAUUAUUUAUAAAUUAGUGCAAGUGUUGAUCCAUUGCAUGCUCACUAGAAAUGUGACUUUUGUUUAAUAUUCUAUUUAAAUGUUCGCUAUAAUAUUGUCAUUAAUGGUAGAUAUUGUAAGUGAUCCUCUUGAAAUUUUAUGUGUAUAUAUAUAUAUAUAUAUGUAUGAAAAGAAUUCGUAUGACAACAAUAAAAAAGAGACAACAUACGUUUUCCAUUAUUAUCCGAUAAAGAAUUAAAGAUAAUUAUACUGAUGUAACAUUUAAAAAUGAAAUUGUACGUAUCUUCAUGAUUUGCAAUUGGUCUUACUGGAUAACUGUACCGUGUUAUGACCGUGCUGAAUGGUGGUUGCAUCAAUUGCAUGUUACAUUAAAACGUAGAGGUAUAACACCCGACCGAAAGCCGCCGAUCAAUAGAGGUGAUGGUUCUUGGAUGUACAGUAAGAAGGUGUCAUUAACCCAGGAUAAUUUCUUCGACUGCGCUGGCGGUAUGAUCCGCUAUCUUUUUCAGUAAUCUACUUGUCGCGUCGCCUCAUCCCUCACAUAGCUGUUGAUUGUUCGGUAUAUUAUAACCAAAGAUCAAUGAUCAUGAAUAUUGCCAAUUUAAAUAAUUAAAACCGAAGUAAAAUAAUGAAUUAUGAAAUCGCACAUAUAGAAAACUAGGGAUCCGUCAAACGAAAGUGUGAUGUUAAAUUACGGUAACUUAAUACUAGUAAAAAAUCACAUACUUAGAACCAAAAAUAAAUAUUUAAAUGUUUAUAAUUACUUAUAUGGAAAUGUCAUACUAAUUGAAUAGCCGAAACAAAUAUAUACCGUGAAUGGGAGAAAUAAAUAUAUAUAUGGGUGUAAUAAUAUCAAUAAA